CAUAUAUAUAUAUAUUUAUAUUUUUAUAAGUAUAAGAUUUUUGAGUACGAAAAAAAAAAAUGAUAGAUUUAGGGAGUGUUAUGAUGACCGUGGUGGUGAUUACCGGCGCGGUGAUGAUAGCAAAAGAAGCGAUGAAAAGAGCACACAAGUGGUGGCAAGAAAAAAAGCUCGAUAAAAAAAUACGGCAAAAAUUGCCUCCCGGAGACAUGGGUUGGCCGGUUAUUGGUAACAUGUGGACAUUUCUCCGAUCAUUCAAGUCUAGUGAUCCUGACUCUUUUAUUGGCUCUUUUGUUAAUAGAUUUGGUCGAACCGGAAUGUACAAAGCAUUCAUGUUUGGAAGCCCAACAAUAUUGGCAACAACACCAGAAGUUUGCAAGAUUGUAUUAAUGGAUGAUGAGAAGUUCAUUCCUGGAUGGCCAAAAGCCACUUGUGAACUAAUUGGAAAGAAAUCAUUCAUAGGCAUCACUAAUGAAGAACACAAGAGAUUACGACGCUUAACAUCGACUCCGAUCAAUGGUCAUGAAGCUCUAACAACUUAUCUCAAGUUCAUCGAAGACACUGUCGUGUUUACUUUGGAUAAAUGGUCAUCGAUGGGCGAAAUCCAAUUCCUAACUGAGCUUAGACGGUUUACGUUUCGAAUAAUCAUGCAUAUUUUCCUGAGCUCGGAGAGUGAUCCAAUAAUGGAGGCCUUGGAAAGAGUAUAUACUGAUCUUAAUUAUGGAAUGCGAGCUAUGGCGAUAAACUUACCGGGUUUUGCUUACCAUAGAGCUCUGAAGGCAAGAAAGACGCUAGUUGCAGUGUUGCAAUCGAUACUCAAUGAGAGGAGGUCGUUGAAUGGAGGCAAGCUUCCGAAAGAAAGCAAGGACAUGAUGGAUGCUUUGCUAGAAGUCAAGGAUGAACAUGGCAGGCAAUUGGAUGAUGAGGAGAUUAUCGAUGUUUUGAUCAUGUAUCUCAAUGCUGGUCAUGAAUCUUCGGGUCAUAUCACGAUGUGGGCAACUGUUUUUCUACAAGAACAUCGUAAUUGUUUUCGAUUAGCCAAGUUAGAGCAAGAGGAGAUUCGAAGGAACAAACCUCCCACGGAGAAAGGAUUAACACUCAAGGAUGUUCGACAAAUGAAAUAUCUCUCCAUGGUUAUUGAUGAAACAUUGCGUCUAGUUAAUAUCUCAUUCGUGGCUUUUCGGCAAGCAACAACAGACGUUGAGAUCAAUAAUUAUAUCAUACCAAAGGGUUGGAAAGUUCAAGUAUGGUACAGAAAUGUUCACAUGGACCAAGAAGUUUAUUCUGAUCCUAAAGAGUUCAACCCUUCUAGAUGGAAUGGAGUCACACCUAAAGUGGGAACUUUUCUUCCCUUCGGAGGAGGAAGUAGGCUAUGUCCGGGAAAUGACUUAGCAAAACUCGAGAUAUCAGUUUUCCUGCACUACUUUCUAUUAGAUUAUAAAAUGGAGCGGCUAAAUCCAAAGAGCCCGGUGAGGUACUUACCUCAUCCUCGGCCAAAAGAUAACUGCAUGGCAAGAAUUACAAAGCUCUUGGUAUCUGACACUUGAUAUGAGGUCGAAUUGUUUUUGGCUUCAAACAAUUCAUACAGCAGAUAAGCAAGGCUGAUCAAGAAGCAAAAUGAUAAAAAGGAGUUCGAUAAUUUGUAAUUCGAUUCUCCAAAUUACAUCAAGCUUUCUUAAAAGAAUGAUAGGCAUUGCAUUGUCAGAGAAUUAGAUUAUGGAGAUCUGAAUGAAGAACUCAUAAGACUUGUGUCCAUAUGUAUACCUACUGCACUUGAUGUACCAAGACUUGUCGCCUAAAAAGAACUUAUAUUUUCUCUUUAA